AGAAUAUGAAAGCACAUGGACUUCCUCGUACAUCACUCUGCUGUUCGCUGUGAACAUGACCGGGCUCAUUCUCCUCCUCCUCCUCUCUCUCUGCUGCUCAGCACACAGUUCGGUCAUUAUAAUAAGCACGGAAAAGCAGGCAGCGACGGUUGGUGGCAAUGUGACCCUUCAGUGCAGGCUACAGGCCAGCCAACCAAACAUCUUCCAAGUUACAUGGCAAAAGGAGACGGGCAACUUCACCGGACCGGUAGCUACCUGCAGCAAAAUGUAUGGAGAGAGGAUAAUGGGACACUUAUCGAAUCGGACGGAACAACGUACAGUGGACACGCUCAAUGUGUCCGCCAUCACCAUCAGCCCAGUGACCCUGGAAGAUCAAGGGUGCUUCAAAUGCAUCUUUAAUGUUUAUCCAUUUGGAGCAAAUUUUGGAACAGCCUGCCUGGAGGUCCAUGAAAGAAAUAUAUCGGACCCUAUUCUGGAAAUACAUCCGGCCAAAUCUCCGGACAGCUCAGAGAAGAUGCAUGUUGUCACCUGUUCAGCCACCGGCAAGCCAGCCCCGGAGAUCUCAUGGAACGCUACGGGUAGUUUGGCAUCAACGCCUCAGGUGUACACCAUUGACUACCCAAAUGGAGCAGUGACCACCAUAAGUAACUUCACUCUCAGAGUCCCUCGGGGAAUGGAAGAAAAGGUGGUCUGUGUGGUGAGCCAUCCGGCACUCCCCUCCGACAAAUAUCUCUCCGGAUUUCUAAAGGAUACAACAACUGAAGAUUCUGUUGGGGAUCCUAAGCCCGGUAUCAUUGUCAUCAUUGUCACUAUUGUUUUCCUCGUUUUAUCACUUAUAUGUGUUUGGAGAAAAAAGUGUCACAAGCAUGCAUUCAUGGGAAAAAACUAUUUGGAUCCUCAUUUACAAGACAACACGUCCUCUACAAGCAGUUCUGACUCUGAGAAGGCUUUAUUGCCAAAUGGAAGUCAAUGUCAAAAGUACGGCGAGCUGCCAAUCUAA